UAGUGUACAAAACCGCCUAUAUAAUCUCGAUUGCCAAGACGCGUGGGUCGUGAGACGGUAAUGUAUCAUUUUGAUGACGCACGUUGUAGCUUCGAUCACCAGGAGUUAUAAAUGGAAUGACAAGUUGUUGGCUGUGUGAUUUUCAUUAUCCAAUAAAAAGUGAUUUGCCUUGCAGACAGGAUUCAACAGAUAAUAUUGUCCAGGAUUACUAAUUGUUGUUGACUUUCCAGUGAGAAUUCAAAAUGGCGGCGCCGAGAGGAAUGACAGACGUAGUGGAGUAUUUGAUAGACAAUGGUGCCGAUGUUAAUCUUCUGGAUUCAUUCCAAAAUACCGCACUUCAUUAUUUGGCCGCUAAUUUAAACCCCCAUACGGAUAAAGCAUAUUUAGUUCAGAAAUUCGUGGAUUCGGGAAUAGAUUUUGAUAUACAGAAUGGAAAAGGAAAGACGCCAUUAUUCAUCGCUGUAAGGCAUGCCAACGAAGAUGUGGUGCGUGUUUUGAUCCGAAAUAAAUGUAACGUAAAUCUGAGAGGGGGGAAGACAAAGGAACCGCCCUUGAAGGCCUCCAUAUAUCGCUAUGUUAAAGGCAGAAAAAGUUUGAGUACUAUGCUGUUAACAGCGGGCUGUGACGUAAAUUCGUCUGAUGCCGAUGGCGUGACGCCAUUGAUGAUAGCUACCAGAUACAGGAAUACAGAUCUUAUUAAGAUGCUCAUUCAAAAAGGCGCCGAUGUUAAUGCUCGAGAUAAGCGCGGUAGAACUGUUUGUCACUACUGUUUCCAUGCAGGUGUGGUCCGCAACCCUAGCUCCAGACGUAUCUACACUCUUGAUCCCAGUCUUAAUAUUUUAGAGUAUUUUAAAACGUUAGGAAUAGACGCCCUGAAAGAGAAUAAGAACAACGCGUUGCUAUGUAAUGUUUUAAGCUGUUCCGAUUUCACAUCACUUGAUUAUCUGCUAGGUAAAAACAUAACUUUUAACGAAUUGAAUGAAUCCGGCGAAAACAUCCUUCAUCAUUUGGUUAGAGCCAGAGAUUUUAAAAUGGAUUACGACUUAGAAAAAUUAAUUGUUGAGGGGGUCGACAUCAAUCAAAGAAAUAAAAAUGGCGACACGCCCUUCAUGGUGGCAGCAUUCAUGAUGAACAUCAAAUGCAUGGAAGCCAUGUCCAAGAUAAAGGGGAGUGAACUCGGUCUGACUAAUAACAGGGGCCACAACGCACUGCAUCUUUGUAUUAUCGGUUUCUCGUGUUCUGAAAUGAAUUUAAUAACUUCCGGUUUAUCGGUUUCUGACAACCAUAAAUUAUAUUUAAGUUGUGUAUGUUUUUUAUUAGGGCGCGGAGUCCGCGUAAAUGAACGUGAUAGGCAUGGUCGAACGCCUUUGAUGCUUGCAGCCAGCAGCAACGAUUCCCGCCUAGUCAAAACCCUGUUAGAUGUCGGAGCCGACGUGACUCUUUUAGAUAAUUUGGGAAAAUCCGCUAUACAGUAUAUUACCAUAAAGGAGAAUGAAUCUCAUGAUGUGAAAUGCUUUUUGUACUUAUUUAAUGCCGGUUUUAAAUUUCUCAACAUUCCAGAUUACGGCGGUAAUACAAUUCUACAGUCUGCUUUACGCACACUCAGACAUAAAACUGCUUGCAGAGCACUAGUGGACUUUUUAAUUUCGGAGAACUGUCAUUUAUAUAAAAGAUUUUGUUUUGAUCCGAGCGGAUUUCUUCAGAACAGGACUGCUGAUUUUGUUAAUUGUCGUAAAGCUCUUCUAUGCACGAUGUAUCAGAGUGGGAUGUCGCUAAAUAUCAUUAAAUGGGCGUCAGACGACAUGACUAAACAUUCCCACGCUCUACCGGAUAGGCCUAAUGCUCAGGUCCAAGACGACUUCCCUUCAUUCCGUCUCAAAAUGACGCUGCAAUCUGAAUGCAGGCGAAUUAUUCGACAAGCACUAGGGCUUGGUAUUAAGAAGACCGUAACCACACUUGGCUUACCCACUACGCUACAAUCAUUCAUUUUAAUGAAAGAUGUCUUACCGACCAAAUAUUUCACCAAUGACGUGUGGUCAAUGGAUCUUAUUACUGAGAAAUGUUUCCAUGAAAAGUAUUAUGCCAGUCAUAUCCGUGUUUACUAUAGUCAACAAAAACAGGACGACACCACACAUUACAGGAUGAUGUACCACAAGAACACGUGCUCUCUUAACGACGAGUCGGAUGCUGAAUCAAGUAGUAGUGAUGGAGAAUCUCAAGAUGAUUAGUGGAGGAAUAGACAAAUACACAAUCUCAUUAAAACACAGAUCCUGUAUCGUUUCGUUUCCCCGUCUUCAUUACCCCAGUCGGAGCAGAACAGUAGGACGUUAAACUCAAUUUCAUUUCAUUUUAUUUCGUUUUUUAUAUUUCACAAUUUCGUUUUACUUGUCUUCACAACACUAGGACCUGGAAGAGUUGUUAUAUAACCCUGGAUGGUGUCAGGGAAUGGAUUAGCCAAUGAAACGGUUUGUUACGGCGAGUUCUUAGCGUGCUCUGCACGUAACUGUGGGUAAACCAGUAGAAACGUCAACGCUGAUUGUUUGAUUCGAUGUAUGACGUCAUAGGAUAAAAGCCGCUCGUAUGACCCCUGACGCGACUUCCUAGUACAACUGUUACUGGUCACAUCUUCAUGUAGUGUAGGCCAUCGAAAGUAUAAAAAAAAAACGAAACGAAAUACAGAUCUGUAUUUUAAAGGUACAUUAUGUGAGAUUCGAUAACGAGUUGGCAGUUCUCACUAUAAUCAUUAAAAACUAGAUAACGUAAAGGCAAUUUGCUGAAAAUAUCAUUCAAAUUGAUCCACUAUGAACCGAGAACUAAGCGAAUGAAAUUUCUUCCUAGCCUCGGUCAUCAUUACAAAAAUCAGUACGAUAAACAGCAUUGUCUCGAUUAGCCAUUUAAUCGUUUAAUCGAGAAGGAAAGUUAUGCAGUAAAUCGGCUCACAAUCCACUUAAGAUCACAGGCUAGCGAUGCCAUCUAGAGUUGAUUAUGAUCUGGAUAAGUUAAUUAAUGUCUAAUUAAUAAUUUAGAUAACAUUUUAGGCCUAAAGAAAGACCUGCAAUAAGCAGAUUUAGCUCUUGUAUAAUGCAUGUUUAAUCAUAGAAAAAAAUACAUGAAACUAUAAUUGGACAGGGAGAGGGGUUUAAUAUAGGCUAUGUCUGUUCCCUAAUCCUUAUUCAGGUACAAAUCUCAAUAAACAUAUUGUUUUUAAAAAAAUAUAUAGAUAAAUACGAUUUAAAAGGCGCAGUCUGAACUUAAUCCAUGAAUUAAAAAGUGGGUUGGAAGUAAAGGGCCAUUAUGGAAGAUUAGCAAGAUAAUGUAAAGGAACUAUGCUGAAACUUUCAGUCAAAUUACUUUACUUGAGCCGAGGUCCCGUGUACAAAUUGGCGUAAAAGAUCCCUUGGCAGUAUGGCGUAUGCCCGUCUUCAUUAGCCCAGUUUGGGAGCAAAACAGUAGGACGUUAAACCCCAUUUCAUUUCAUUUCAAUGAGACGUUAUAAUAAUUUGUUUUAAAUUUGAGUAAAUAAAGACACGGCCUUCACCUUUCUAAUCGAUCGUUUUCAUGUUGAUGUCCACAUUUUUACGGCUCGUAAAACUUCCGUGGCUUAGAUUUUGCAACUAAAAAUGAGAUUCGACUUCACGGAUGCAUGGAAGACGUUAAUUUCAGAUCAUCUCUGGAAAAUAAAUUCAACUGACUUGACGAUGAAAUCUGUUUGUUAUCAGCGCAAUAAGCUCACAUAUAUGAAUUAAUAAAAGCAGGAAUUAUUGGUCCUGCCAAAUACAUUUCCCUGACCCAACGUGACCACCACUCGCCGUGUCACAUUCCCGAAUUAAAGAUACAGUAUGUAAGAUUUAGAUGAUAAAGAGCUAACCGUUCUUACUAUAAUAGUUCGAUAAAAGAUAAUGUAAAAUGAAUAAUUUGAAAAUUUCAUUCAAAUUACCCUAUUGCGAACGAAGAUAUUAGCCUUUGAAGGUUUGAUAAGACGUGUACAAUAAUUUCAACCACCGUACUGGUUGUUCGAAGCUAACUCUCGCUCCUCCAUAUUUGAAUUAUAUUAAAAUAUGGCUAAAAUAUUCUAAUCUAUUUAAUAUCGGAGAAAUCCGAUGCCAUCGAGAGUUGAUUAUGGCCUGCAUCAGUUAAUUAAUGUCUAAUUAAUAAUUUAGAAAACAUUUCAGACCCAAAGAAAGACCUACAACGGGCAGAUUUAGCUCUUGCAUAAUGUAUGUUUAAGACACAUGAGGGCCUGGCCAGCUUCCUCUCAAAAUGUUCAAAAACUGUCCCUAUGUACAUUCCAAUACCGAGAGUAAAUUAAUUAUUUUUGUUUUGUUUUUUAAAAUUAUAACAAUAAUAAUUUAUUUCUAUUUUUAUUAAUUUUUUUUUCAGUGAUUUUUAUAAUGUAUCUCAAGUGUUCAAUACAAUAAAGUUGAUUUUAUCUUUAAGCAUA